AUGACACCUUCAGUGGAUAUAAAGGGGACAGCCGUGCCGCAGAGGACUGUCUCCCAUAGCUGGGAUCCCAAUAAUUUGUCGACUUCUCCAACUGCAACGUUUGCAUCCCCGCCGAGCGGCUGGAGAGGGGCAUUGACCCAGCGUGGUGCACCGAAGCAGCUUAAGCCGUUCAAAACCCAAGAUUUUAGAAUUUUGCUGUUGGAAAAUGUCAAUGCAACCGGUCAAGAUAUUCUCAGGGGGCAGGGUUAUCAAGUCGAAGCCCUCAAGACCUCGCUUCCCGAAGAUCAGUUGAUUGAAAAGAUCCGGGACGUUCAGGUUAUCGGAAUUCGAUCCAAAACUAAACUGAACGAGCGUGUGCUGCGAGAAGCCAAGAACCUAUUGGUGGUUGGGUGCUUCUGCAUUGGAACGAACCAGGUUGAUCUCGACUACGCCGCACGACAUGGGAUUGCCGUCUUCAACUCGCCUUUUGCCAACUCUCGCAGCGUCGCGGAGCUUGUGAUUGCUGAGAUUAUCUCGCUUGCUCGCCAAUUGGGCGAUCGCUCGUCUGAAAUGCACCGCGGAACUUGGAAUAAAGUAAGUGCUAAAUGUUGGGAGAUUCGAGGUAAAACGCUAGGCAUUGUCGGGUACGGACAUAUCGGCUCGCAACUGUCGGUCCUUGCAGAAGCUAUGGGUAUGAGUGUGAUCUAUUACGACGUGGUGGCCCUGAUGGCUCUGGGCACUUCACGACAAGUUUCGUCCUUGGAAAGCCUCUUAGAAGAAGCCGACUUUGUCACCCUGCACGUGCCUGAUCUUCCAGAGACAAGGGGCAUGAUCUCAACCGCUCAAUUCGAUCGAAUGAAACAUGGAUCAUAUCUCAUCAAUGCCAGCAGAGGAACUGUUGUGGAUAUCCCAGCUCUUGUGAAGGCCAUGCGAUCCGGACGAAUCGCAGGUGCAGCUCUAGAUGUGUACCCCAACGAACCAGCGGCAAAUGGCGAUUACUUCACCAAUAGCCUCAACCAGUGGGCUGAGGAUCUUCGUUCCUUGACUAACAUCAUUCUUACGCCUCACAUUGGCGGCAGCACCGAGGAGGCUCAGCGUGCAAUCGGUAUUGAAGUGGCUGACUCUCUGGUUCGAUACAUAAACCAGGGAAUUACACUGGGAAGUGUGAAUUUGCCCGAAGCUCAGCUCCGAUCGCUAACACUGGACGAGCCUAAUCAUGCAAGAGUUAUUUACAUCCAUCACAAUGUACCCGGAGUGCUUCGUAGAGUCAACGAAAUAUUGGGAGAUCACAAUGUCGACAAGCAGAUCAGCGAUAGCAAAGGCGACGUCGCCUAUUUAAUGGCUGACAUUAGCAAUGUUCGUUAUGAAGAAAUAAAGGACAUAACCGAGAGUCUUGAAUCCCUCAACUCUUGCAUCAUGACCCGGGUGUUAUAUUAG